GCCCACUGGGAAAUGUAGUUCCUCGAUGAGCGACUCUGCCACUAACACUACCUCUCAGGCCAGGGAACUGGAAUAAGGCGAGCGAACUGGCAAGUACUCGAGCACCUGCGCCUAACCAGUCACCGGAAGAGCAACCUGGCUCAGGAGGGCUCUGGAGACGCGCCUGUGUUCGGGGUCUGGCGCGAAUAAAGCUCGCGGUCUACAUCUCACCAGCCGAGAAGGUUGGAAAGAGGCUAUUUUAUAAAUGUCACGUCAUGCUUUUGCCAAGUUUCCGAUUACAGACUGACAUUCCUGCAUGAGCAUCUCUCCAUUAAAAUGUCCUUGCCUCUUACAGAGGAGCAGAGGAAAAAAAUUGAAGCAAAUCGGCAGAAGGCUCUGGCCCGAAGAGCUGAGAAACUAUUAGCAGAACAGCAUCAGAAACCUGCCCAGUCCAAGCAGGGCCCAUCCCAAAACCUCCCCCGAGAUCCUUCUAAGUCAGGGAACCAUGGCAUCUUUUUCAAACAACAAAAUCCCAGCAGUUCAUCUCAUGGUGACCAGAGGCCUCAAAAUCCCCACAGUUUUCCACCCAACACCUCCGAGCAGGCGAAGGGGAUGUGGCAGAGGCCAGAAGAGAUGCCCACAGCCUGCCCAAGCUCCCGUCCACCAAAUCAAGUGACUGUCACUGGGAUCUCCCCGCCCCUGGCAAACAGUCCUCCAGGGGUCCCCAGCCAACAGUUAGGUCAUCCUCAGGCUUCCCAUGAGACCCAAUCAACACCCUUUGCUAACACAACUCACCAGCCUUUGGCCAAAGUGAAGAAUUUCCAGGAGACAGCAGCCUCUUCCUCUGGACAGCCCCCUAGGGAUCCUGAAUUAGAGGCCAGGAUGGCGAGACCCUCCACCUCUGGGCAGAACAUUUCAGGGAGUGUGAUGCCCAGGACAGAAGGAAGACUGCAACAGAAAGCAGGGACCCCGCUGCACAGAGUGGCAGGCUCCCAGCAGGGAAGGUGUAUCCAGAACGGAGAGCGAUUCCAGGUGAAGAUUGGGUACAAUGAGGCGCUCAUCACAGUGUUUAAGAGUCUGCCCAGCAGAAGUUACGAUCCUGCCACCAAGACGUGGAACUUCAGCAUGACUGACUAUGGUGCCCUAAUGAAAGCAGCCCAGCGCCUCCCGGGGAUCACCCUGCAGCCUUUGGAAGGAGCCGAGGGCCACGUGGAGUCACCCUCCACCAGCAGUGGCAUUAUAGCCAAGACCGGCCUUCCUGCAGCUCCCUCCCUGGCCUUUGUCAAAGGGCAGUGCGUGCUCAUCUCCCGGGCCCGCUUCGAGGCAGACAUCGGCUAUUCAGAAGACUUGAUUGCGCUGUUUAAACAGAUGGAUUCCAGAAAAUACGAUGUCAAGACCCGGAAGUGGAGCUUUCUCCUGGAAGAAUACAAUAAACUCAUGGAAAGAGUGCGCUGCCUUCCACAAGUUCAGCUGGAUCCUCUGCCCAAGACCCUCACCCUGGCUUUCGCCGCUCAACUCCAGAAGACGUCUCUCUCUCCGGUGGCAGACAUCCCCGAGGCAGACCUGUCCAGGGUGGAUUCCAAGCUUGUGUCUAGCCUGCUGCCCUUUCAGAGAGCCGGAGUCAAUUUCGCUGUAGCACAAAGAGGCCGCCUGCUGCUUGCCGAUGACAUGGGUCUGGGGAAGACCAUCCAAGCCAUCUGCAUAGCGGCCUAUUACCGGAAGGAGUGGCCCCUCCUGGUGGUGGUACCGUCAUCUGUGCGCUUCACCUGGGAGCAGGCCUUCCGUCGGUGGCUGCCGUCUCUGAACCCGGUCGACAUCAACGUUGUGGUGACUGGGAAGGACCGCCUGACAGAUGGCUUGGUCAACAUUGUCAGUUUUGAUCUUCUGAGCAAGUUAGAAAAGCAGCUAAAACCCCCAUUUAAAGUUGUCAUCAUUGAUGAAUCCCACUUCCUCAAAAACAUGAAGACUGCCCGCUGUCGUGCAGCUGUGCCCCUCCUCAAGGUUGCCAAGAGGGUGAUCUUACUGUCAGGCACACCAGCAAUGUCCCGGCCGGCGGAGCUCUACACACAGAUCCUUGCCGUCAAGCCAACCUUCUUCCCUCAGUUCCAUGCCUUUGGACUUCGCUACUGUGGUGCCAAGCGGCAGCCCUGGGGAUGGGACUACUCGGGCUCCUCCAACCUGGGGGAGCUGAAGCUCCUGCUGGAGGAGGCGGUCAUGCUGCGACGCCUCAAGGGCGACGUCCUCUCCCAGCUCCCAGCCAAGCAGCGCAAGAUGGUGGUGGUCGCCCCAGGCCAGAUCAACGCCAGGACCAGAGCUGCCCUGGAUGCCGCCGCCAAGGAGAUGACCACCAAGGACAAAACUAAGCAGCAGCAAAAAGAAGCCCUCAUUCUCUUCUUCAACAGAACAGCUGAAGCUAAAAUCCCAUCCGUUAUCGAAUAUGUCCUGGACCUGCUAGAAAGUGGACGAGAGAAGUUUCUUGUGUUUGCGCACCAUAAGGUGGUUCUGGAUGCAAUUACUAAGGAGCUUGAGAGGAAGCGCGUGCAACACAUCCGUAUCGACGGCUCCACCUCCUCGGCCGACCGCGAGGACCUCUGCCAGCAGUUUCAGUUGUCCCCGAGCCCCGCCGUGGCCGUGCUGUCCAUCACCGCCGCCAACAUGGGCCUCACCUUCUCCUCGGCUGACCUGGUGGUGUUCGGGGAGCUGUUUUGGAACCCGGGGGUACUGAUGCAGGCUGAGGACCGGGUGCACCGCAUCGGACAGUUGAGCUCCGUGAGCAUCCACUACCUGGUGGCGAGAGGCACGGCUGAUGACUACCUCUGGCCCCUGAUUCAAGAGAAGAUUAAAGUUCUGGGUGAAGCCGGGCUCUCUGAGACUAAUUUUUCAGAAAUGACAGAAGCCACAGAUUACUUCUACAAGGACUCAAAGCAGCAGAAGAUCUACGACCUAUUCCAGAAGUCCUUCGAGGAAGAUGGAAGCGACAUGGAGCUCCUGGAGGCAGCAGAGUCCUUUGAUCCAGGUUCCCAGGACACGGGAGACACGCUGGAUGAAAGCACAUUGAUGGGCAGCCCAGUGAAGAAGAAGAAAUUUGAAUUUUUUGAUAACUGGGACAGCUUUACCUCUCCUCUAUAAGAGGAGGGGGGAAAAGCAUUAAAAAUCAUGGCAUUUAUUAAAAUAACGAAAGGCUUUUUAUUUUUUUUGAAGUGUAUGCUCCUCUCGUCCUUACUUCAGUGUUGGUCUCUGUCUCCAAGCCCAGUGGGUUACCAGGCCAAGUGUCAGCAUUUCCUUUCAUUAUGUGUGGGUUUGCCUGGGUCUUAAUUAAUCUUAGCUUGACCUACCGAGAAACAGAUAGUAGGUUGUAGUAAUGGUGAAUCAUGUUCUUUAAUUAACAAGGUGCUUCCUCCACAGCCCCUGAAAUCUAGAUUUUUUUAAAUGUAUUGAUUCAGCAAAUAUUUAUAGAGCACUUAAUAUGUGCCAGGCCCUGUUGUAGGUGCUGACAGGAGUUCACUAAACAAAGAAGGAAAGUACACGCUUUUGCCAAGGUUAUCAUAUUAACAGGAGAGGCAGUAUUUUUCUAUGAAGAAAGGUAAAAUAAGCUAAGUGUGUAGAGCAGGGGUUGACAAGCUUUUUCUAUAAAUAGCCAGAGAGUAAUUAAUUUUGCCUUUAUGGGUCAGGAUGUUUGUGUUGGAACCACUCAGCUGUGCUGCUGUGGUGCAGAAUCAGCCAUGGACGAUCCGGAAACAAGCGACUAUGGCUCUUUUCCAAUAAAACUCUAUUCCAGACACUGAA